GGAAAACCGACUACUUUGCUCAGCUUCUUUUUCACCAUCACCACCGCCUAGGGUUCUUUUAUCAACAAAUAUUCCGGUGAAGUCGUGAUUUACCGGAAAUGUGUUGAGUGACAAGGAGUGUGGUUCAUAAGUGAAAGAGAUAUAUAUCUUGGUGGUUAUAUAAGUUUAUAAAGAGCGAAUGGAGGAUGAUAACUUACUUAACCUGUCUUUAUCUCUACCGUGCGGUGGGCCAUCUGGUGCAAAGGGUAAGAACGUCUCUAGUUCGGAGGUGAGGGUGGAAGAAGGGGACAGGGGAAGUAAAUUGAUUGAUGAUUUCAAGAAUUUUUUAGAUGGUUCUAAUCAUAAUAAGGAAGAUUCGAACGUGGGGUCUCAGAGAAGUAGCCAGUCGAAACCGGAGGAGAAUCUUUUCUAUGACCUUUCAAAGGGAGCGGCUAAUGUGGAUGUUUCUUCGAACAUAAAUAAUGGCGGAUUCUGGGGUAAGAACGAUGGGAGGUCUAGUGAAGUGUUAGAAGAUAGGAGGCAAGAGGGGAGUAGUAGUAGCAAGCGUAAAAAUAUGUUUGAUGAAAUAAACAAUCAAAAACGACAUGAGAGAGACGCUUAUCAUGCCGGUAUGCACGUGAAAGCAAGGACACCACACGUCUCUGUAACAACUGAUGAAGGUUCAACUGCUGAAAAUGAGGAUGUGGCGGAUUCUGAAGCCGAGGGUUCGACUUCAAAGCUUGUACAGCAUCGUGAUGAUGCAUCGAAACGACACGCUGCAGGUGUUGGUUUGUCUGAGGGUAGUAAGGAAGUUAGGGGUGUGGAUUCGAUUGGUGGGGACUUUCAUGGUCAAAGGAGAUUUACCAUUUCGUCAGAGAAAGAAUUUAAAAGUGGCCAAAUGUCACACACUGUCCCGUUUUCUGGACAAGCAGUAAAUAUCUUAAAUAUGCCAUAUUCCUUGUCAGUGAACGAGUCAAACUCUAUCUCUGCAAGUCAAACUAUCCCAGUCAUGGCUUCUGGAAGUAAUGAUAGACCGGGAAACCAACAGCCCGUGAUUCCUGCAAACUUGCCCUUGAUGUUUGGUUACUCUCAGGUCCAGGUGCCGCCAGUAGAGGCAGGUAAAUCUGAGGGUCUUGUUUCUCAUUCAAUGCAGUAUCAUCCUUCCUAUUUUGGCAGGGGUCCACCAAACUUGAAUUUGCAAAAUGAUGGAUUAAAGAUCACCCAAGCUACCACACCGGUAACUGAGCCAAAGCCAUAUGAGAGGGCAAAGAGUGAUGGUAAACAAGCGAAAGAGGAAGGGUCAUCUAUGCGUUCAGAAGGUGAAAUGAAGGGUACAAACGGAAUUGACCAGUCAAAGGCAGAAGGGAUUCCGCCUGAAUAUCCAGCUAUUAGGCCAGGUAUAGCUGCAGACCUUAAAUUUGGAGGAAGUGGAUCGUCUCCGAAUCUACCAUGGGUUUCUACAACCGGUCCUGGUCCUAAUGGGAAAACGAUAUCAGGUGUUACAUAUAGAUACAGUGGGACCCAAAUCCGAAUAGUAUGUGCUUGCCAUGGCUCCCACAUGUCACCUGAGGAAUUUGUUCAGCAUGCUAGUGACGAACAACCCAAUGUUAAUGGUGGUGGCGCCGCCUCUGGUUUACCAUCAUUUCCAAAUAGCAACCCUGCCGCGUCUGCUCAGAAUUGACCGACCGGUAAUACCAAUCAUUUUCUCUAACGGUUUAGGUUAAUAAAAGUGGCAUCUGAUGCAAAACGACUGCUUAUGAUUUUGUCAUUGUGUGAUAACUACUUUUAAAUCUUUAUGUCAUAUAUAUGCAUAGAAUACCCAUCAUGAUUAUAUAGAAAGUUGUAUGUAAUGUACUGGUAUUGUAGGCACAUUUAUAGCAAGAUUUUACAGAAUGUAGCCCUUUUAGUUUGUCAAAA